AAUUGUCAAUGUGUGCUGCUUAUAUAGGCUCGUAAUGAUGAAUGACAGGCCUGAAUGAUUAAGCUCCUCCCGAACCUACGUUUGGAACUUCAUUUAAAGAAGAGACAGUGAUUUGGUGCAAGUCACCAUGAUUGGCAUAGAGCUUUAACUUGCUACAGAAAAACUGCUACACUGGAAAUCUACAGCAUUUUUUAUUUCUUUAUUUAUUUUUUUGCUCAAAAGAGGAAGCAUUUGGAUUUUGGAGCAGUAUGGAUGUCUAUUGCACACUCUUGAUGCUUACUGUGACUCUACCAACAUCACAUCUGUACAGCGUAAAAAGCUUGCUACAGUUCAGGGAAAUGAUUAAAUGUGCAUUACCGGACAGUUCCCCGCUGUUGGAUUUUGCUGACUAUGGCUGCUUCUGUGGUUUAGGUGGUACAGGGACGCCUGUUGACCAGCUCGACCAGUGUUGUUUUACCCAUGAUGCCUGCUAUGGCAGAGUCCUGACGUACUGCUCAUUACUGUUUGACAAUCCCUACACAAACUCUUAUGACUACAAAUGCGAUAAGAAUACCAAAACAAUCACAUGUCUGGACAGUAAUGAUGCGUGCGAUAUGUUAGUCUGCCAGUGUGACAAGUCUGCAGCGGAGUGUUUUGCUCAAUCCCCUUACAACACCUCCAAUAAUCAUCUGUCCUCGAAUGUUUGCAGCUCAGCUUCCAGAGAGAUCAGCAGCUUUCUCACCGCUCUCACUGCAUUCACAGUCACUCUCACACUCCUAUACAACAACUAA